AUGUACCCAAACCCCGGACCGCCUGCUGCUUGGACGCCAAAUACCAAUGGCCAGCCACCCCAGCAGCAACAACAACAUCACCCUCAACACCCCCAACACCCUCAGCAAUCUCAUCAACAACACCCUCACCAACAGCAGCAACAUCAGCAACCCUUGCAGCACCAGCAACCUCCUCCCCCUCCACCAUCCACCUCUGCCCCUCCACAACAUCAGCAGCAGUGGGCGCAACCACCUCCCACGCAUCCCAACGCCCAGUACCCCCAACAGCGUCAUCCCACUCAGAUCCCUCCCAUCAGUCAGGCCUUGCCUCAAGGAGGACCCCCAAACAUGACCACUCUCCAACCUUCUCACCCGGAUCACUACCGCUCGCUGCCUCCGCCUCCAAUGUAUGGUCAUGCUCCGCCGGGUCACUACCAGCAGCCUCUACCCUACCCUCCCCAACCUGCACCUCGCCAGAGAACAGCCAUCGCUUGUCGCUACUGCCGUCGCAGAAAGAUCCGAUGCUCUGGAUUUGAUCAGUCCGAGGAUGGUCGCUGCACCAACUGCCAGCGUUUCUCACAGGAGUGCGUCUUCACACCCGUCUCGGCACAAUCGCAGGCUUUCGUCCCGGCGCAUACCGUCUGGAGACAGCAGGGUUCGCAGCCACAGCAACUGUACGGAGCCUAUGGUCAGCCUCUACCCCCUCAGCAACAUCGCGAUCCCUAUCCUCCGCCGCAGCACCCCUACCCUCCGCAAGGUUAUCCUCCUCAAGGUCCGCCAGUCUAUGCAAUGCCCCCUGGCCACAUGCCUCAAGGACCUCCUCCUGGUCAUGUUGCACCCCCGCAGCCUACUGGAACACCCAAUCCUGGCCAAGAAGCCGGCCGCAAGCGCCCUAACGAGGAGCCGCACACGCCAACUCUUCCUCCACCAAACCCUGCCCAGGCUGCUCAUAUUGCUCAACAAGGACCCCCUCCACCUCACGCUCAGCCUCAGUACACUUACCCUGACCCCUCUGUCAUGACUCCGGCUGCUGGCUCUCCCGCUUCUUCCAACAAUUCGUUCCAAUCUGCGCAACCCCAUGCUCAGCCAUACUUUGCGCCAGCACCCGCGCGCAGACCAUCUCCACAGCAAGCCCAACACUCGUACGACCAACCUCGUCCGUCUCACUCUCCACACGCUCACGCCGCGACUAUUCCUCCCGCUGGCUACAAUCCAGCUGUGACGUCUCACCCUGAUUCGAAGCCUGUCCCUUCGCAAUCCGAUCGUUCGAGCCCUACCAAUGCUGCUAGAGGUGUGCGCAUCAACGAGCUGGUCGGACCUAGUGGACAGCCUCAACAAAACCACAAUCAGGCACCACCACCUCCCCCACCCUCAACUGCAGCUCACACCCAGCAGCCCCAGCAAGCACCUGGUGCUCCUCAAACAGCAGCCCAGCAGGCGCAGAACCAGGCCAACUCUGAGGGUAGCAGGAGCCAGGCCGACAACAACAUGCUGAGCAAGCUCAACAACCCGCGCAUGUAG